CCGUAUCUUGGAUAGACACUGCUGAAUCUGUAAGAGAUGCCACUACCACUACCAUCCCGAGGCUCCAAACCUGAGAUGAAGAAAUCUCAGUCCAGCAACGUUGUGCCCAGCGAUCAUGGCCAAUAUGGAAAGAGAAGGGAGAAUUACCAAGCAAAGAUAUCUUCAUUUUCACCUAAGAGACCACGCAAAAAGAGAUCAGCUUUUGAAGAUCUCACCAACGCUUCUCAAAUUCAACCUGCCCAGCUCAAGAAGGAAGCCAGUAAGGAGUUUGUUAAAGAUGUUUCCAAGAAGAUAAAAGGGAACACACCUGCUCUUGGGUUGGCCAAAAACAAUGAGAUGAAUAUGGAAAGUUAUGAGCUGGAACCUUUGCCAGUAGUGGUCUCUACUACCUUGGUACCAAAAGUGGAGAUAUCGACCAUCUCCAAAACAACCACUACUGAAGAGGCUUCGUUUUUCAAAAAGCAAAUAAUUUUAGAAGAGGAACCCAGUACUGAGGACACAACCCUCAUCAAGAGGUCAUUAUCUUUAAGGAAGUCCACAAAUCAGGGGGAGGUAUCCCUCAUGAAGAAGCCACCAUCUUUACAGGAGGAGGCUGAUAGUAGUGAUGAAUUUGCUGUAGAGCUAAUGAAUUUUGGGAAGAAGAAUAAAACUGAGGAGGAAGCCAUCACCAAAGGAACAUUAUCCUUAAAGAAGAUGUGCACAUAUCAGGGGGACUUGGCUUUGCAGGACAUCAGUGUUGAAGAGGAUUCCUUCUUUAUGGAGCCAAUGAACUUUAGAAAGAAGCCUAGAACAGAGGAGGCAACGCCCACCAAGAAGGUGAUAUCUUCAAGGAAGAAGAAGUAUACCACUCAGGGGAAGAUGUCCCAUAUGAAGAAACCACUAGUAUUGCAGGAGACCAACUCUGAAGAGGAGUCACUCAUUAAGGAGACACUGGCUUUCAAGAAGAAACCUGUCAAGGAGGCAAUCCUCACCUUGAGGCCAUUAUCUUUAAAGAAGAAGUGUACUACUUUGGGGAAGAUGACUCACUCAAAAAAGCCACUAGAAUUGCAGAAGGCCACCUCUGGAGAGAAGGCACUCAUUAAGGAGUCAUUGUAUUUUAAAGAGAAACCUACCACUAGGGAGGAGUCUCUCUUCCAGGAACCCUCUGUAUUGCAAGAGAAGCACACCACUGAUGAGAAGGAGGUCCUCUUGAAGAAGCCACAAGCAUUGCAGGAGAAAAAAGACAGUAAGGAUACACUUCUUAUGGAGCCAAUGUCUCUUAGGAAGAAACAUACUACUGAGGAGGCAAACUCCACUAAGAAGCCAUUACCUGUAAAGAAGUGUACCAUUCAGAGGAAGAUGUACCACUUGAGGAAGCCACUAAAAUCGCAAAAGACCACCUCUGGAGAAAAGUCAUUUAUUAAAGAGCCACUGUCUUUCAAGAAGAAGCCUACCACUGAUAAGUCCCUUUUCCAAGACCCGUCCAUGUUGCAAGAGAAGCACACCUCUCAGGAGGAGAUGUCCAUCUUGAAGAAGUCAUUGACCUUGCAGAAGACUCCAACUGAGGAGGAGUCACUUUUAAAGGAGGCUUUGGCUUUUAAGAAGAAAUGUACCAUCAAGGAGGCAACCCCCACCAAGAAGCUAUUUUCUUUAAAGAAGAAAAAGUGUACUACUCAGGUUAAGAUGUCCUGCUUGAAGAAGCCACUAGUAUUGCAGACCACCUCUGGAGAGAAGUCACUGAUUAAGGAGCCAUUGCCAUUUAAAAAGAAGCCUACCACUGAGGAGGAGUCUCCCUUCAAGGAAUCCUCUGUCUUGCAAGAGAAGCACACCACUCAGGGGGAGGUGGCUCUCUUGAAGAAGCCAUGGUCAUUGCAGGAGAAUAUCGAUGGUGAAGAUGAAUUUCUUAUGCAACCAGUUUCCUUUAGGAAGAAACAUAGCAGAAAUGAGGCAGUCUCCACCAAGGAGCCUUUAUCUUUAAAGAAGAAAAAGUGUGCCACUCAAAUAACGAUGUCCAUGUGCAAAGAACUGUUGGACUUGCCGAAUAUGAUUGGCAAAGAUAAAGAUUCCUUCUGUAUGGAGCCAGUGUCACUUAGGAAGAAGUCUUCAACUGAGGAGGCAGUCCUUACCAAGACACCUUUAUCUUUAAAGAAAAAGCAAAUCACUCAGGGGAAGGUGUUCCUCUUAAAGAAGCCACUGGUCUCAGAGAAUACCACCUCUGAAGAAGAGUCAUCCUUUAAGAAUCUAUUGACCUUUCAUAGAAAGUCUAUAACUGAAGAGGAGUUCCUCUUCCAGGAUCCAUCUACACUGGAAGAGAAGCACACCACUCUGCAGGAGGUGUCGCUCUCAACUAAGCCAUUGGCCUUGGCAGGAAAGACCACCACUGAAGAAGAAUCCUAUAUUAAUGAACCAUUGGCCUUAGAGGAGAAGCCUACAACUGAGGGGGAAUUCCUCUCUCAGGAUCCAUUUUCACUGCAUGUUAAACCUACCAACAAAGAUGAGUCCCUCUUCUGGAAGGCUUUGGGCUUGCAGAAGAAGACUGAUACCAAAGAUUACUCUUUGAAGAAGCUGUUUGCUUUGCAGGAAAAAAGCACUACUGAAGAGGAAUCCCUUUUAAAUAAAACAUUGGUUCUGAAGAAGGAGCUCUCUACUGAGGUGACAACAAUAAGCAUUGAGAAGCAAUUAUCUUUAAAGAAGAAACUCACUGCUCAGGGGGAGGUGUUCCUCUUGAAGAAGCAGUUGGCCUUGCAAGAGAAUAUCACCAAUGAAGAAUCCCUUAUUAAGCAUCCACUGGAUUUUCAGGAGCCCAGAAUUGAGGAGACCAUCCUAAGGGAGUCCUUGGCCUUGCAGGAUAAUCCCACAAUUGAGGAAGAAGCUACCCUGAGGGAGCCCUCGGCCUUGCAGGAGAAGCCCAGCAUUGAGAAGACCAUCCUAAGGGAGUCCUUGGCCAUACAGGAGAAGCCUACUCUCAAUGAGACAUUCCAUUUCAAGGAGAUAUGUGCCUUGAAUGAGAAAUCCACCACUGAUAAGGAGUUGUCCCUGAAGGAGCCACUGGCCUUGCAAGAGAAUCCCAUCCACAAGGAAGACACCUUUCUCGAAGAUUUCUUGAUCCUCCAAGUUGAAACCAGCUCACAUGUGUCCAGCACUGCCCCCGAAUCCAGAAUAGGCAUGUCCAGCAAUGCUACCAUGUCCAGUGUGGGCAAGUUCAGUACUACAAACAAGUCCAGUGCUUGUGAAUCCAGUUCUAAUAGACCUUUCUCACCUUGGAGCAAGAGUUCACAGAAGGAGAUGACCCCAUUGGAGGAUAUUGACAAGAACCAUAAUGAUCCAUUUUUCAACUCAAUAUAUGCCAAGGAUAUCUUCAGUUACAUGAAGGAGAGAGAGGAAAAGUUCAUACUUACAAAAUACAUGCACAGGCAGACUGACAUCAGCAGUUGCAUGAGGGCCAUUCUUGUGGACUGGUUGGUAGAGGUACAGAUGACCUUUGAGAUGAGUCAUGAGACCCUGUACUUGGCAGUGAAACUGGUGGAUCACUACCUUAUGGAGGUAAUAUGCAAGAGGGACAAGCUCCAACUCCUUGGUUCCACUGCGUUUCUGAUUGCAGCAAAAUUUGAGGAAUCUUGCCCACCUUGUGUGGAUGACUUCCUGUACAUCUGUGAUGAUAUUUAUCAGCGAGAUGAGAUGCUCACCAUGGAAAUCAGCAUCCUGCAGACCCUCAAAUUUGAUAUCAACAUUCCCAUUGCCUAUCAUUUUCUGCGAAGAUAUGCUAGGUGCCUCCAUGCCAGCAUGAAGACGCUGACUUUGUCCCGCUUCAUUUGUGAGAUGACUCUGCAGGAAUACGACUAUAUCCAGGAGAGGGCUUCCAAGCUAGCUGCUGGCUCCUUCCUCCUGGCCCUCUACAUGAAGAAGCUCGGACACUGGGCUCCUGCCCUGGAGUAUUGCAGUGGCUACAAGACCUCUGAUCUUCACCCCUUGGUCAAGCAGCUAAACAUCCUGCUGACUUUGCAUCCUUGCAGUAGGCUCAAGACUGUGCAUUCUAAGUAUUCUCACCGGGUCUUCUUUGAAGUCACCAAAAUCCCCCCCUUGGACACAUUGAACCUGGAGGAUAUCUUGAACUACUGCUAAUUCUGAGGCUGAGGAUCUGGCACUCUGGCAGCAGCCAGGGUCAGGCAGGCAUUUAAGUAAGCUGUUAUUUAUUCUGUCUUGGAAUUUGUCUUUUAAUCACUUUUCUUUCUUUUUACUCUUUUGUUUAUCUUUUCCCAAAUUGGUAAUGUUGUAAAUAGUUGUUUUUUUAAUGAAGGAAAAGAAAUUAUUGUUGUAUUUGAUUAGAAAUUUAAUAAAAAAAUUAAUGUUUAUCGUU